AAUAUAAUGAAUAUUUUGUGCUUCUGCAUCCCAACAGCAAGGCUCUACUGUUUUGACUAAAGUCAAAAGUGUUUCAUGUGUGUUGAAAAAUGUGUUUCAUGUUUUGAAAUAUUAUGUCACUAUCGAAUUAUGUUAGUGGGCUUUCAGUAGAAGCAAAAAAAAAAUACAUUGAUAAAUUGGAUAUUCUUCAGUGUGAUUGCCCUUACAGUUUAUCUAAAGAUUUGUGGAAACAAGGACUUCACUGUUGCACAAUUAUUCCCAAAAUAGAUCAUGGGGAUAUAUUUGCCUACUUAGUUUUCUCCAGAAGUAAUUUAGAUGUUGAGAAAACAAAGAGAGCCUACAAAGGUCUCAAAGCUGAGUCAAAACAAGCAGUGAACGAUGGGUGGCUGAAACAAUUUAUGGCAAUGUGUUUGUCAUCAGGAGUGGUUUUAGUUCAAGCUAAGGUAACUCCAUCUCAAGCUAUCAGCGAUACUCCUCACUCACCAUGGGCUGCAAUUGGUGUUGAUGGUUGUGUACUAUACGCUCAUUGUACCUGUGCUGUAGGGUAAUACUUAAAGUAUUAACAA